AAUAGGCGACCCAUAGACUGUCUCUGUCUGUGUCUGGGCUUGGCUGUUGUAGCUAUCAUCUUUAAGAAUCUCAAAGUAAAACAAAAGAGCUGUUUGAUUUCUCCUCCUCCAUUGUUUCCGAUUGAUUAGAACAACAUGAUUAGCAUUCUCGCUCAGGAGCGUUUACUUGGAGCCGCCAUGGGAAGUGCUCUAGUGGGUUUUAUUGUUUUCGAGCAAAGAAAACGUAUCUAUCAAUCAAUUUCUCAACCUCAUACCCAAUCUCAGUUGAAGGAGCCUAUUUUUGGAAAGCAAUUCCGUUCGCAGUUUGCAGUCUUGUGGAACAAAUCUGUGGAUGAGACAUUUAGACCUGUUGUGACUUCUCUUAGUUCACGCCGACAAUAAUAAUUCUGUAAUACUUUCAUUUUCACUGUUAUAACAUAUCUGUAUUUGUGCGUGCUCCUACUGAUAUCAAAUCAUUUACAUGAGACGUGUAUCCUGACAUGCUAUGGUGCUACCAUUAAUUGUGAUGUUCAAAAUAAUGUCAUAAGAGACAUGAUGAAGUAAUUUCUUCAUUCAUAUUAUUUGUUUUAA